AUGAUGUUUCUUUUGAGUUUUUUUAUCGGCCUUAAUGCAGUAUACAAUGCUCUUGGAGCUCCCAAUGACGCAUCAAAUGGACAAACACCAACUGAAUCUCCCAUAGAUCUUAACAUACGCAAUGUUGAUCUCUCUAAAUACAAAAUUGAAGAGUUCGAAUUUAACAAGAUCAAGUUCAAGGAGUACAUAUCGAUUUCUCCAUACUACAUCGACAAGGUUAUGGAUAAUGACAAGGUAGUGUGGAAGUGCCCUGACCCCUCAAAGGCAAGUAUCGUAGCAUUUGCUGCAGCUAACGAAUCUAAUAGUACUGAUAUGCUACUAAUUGGCUCAGAAAGAGGUAGUGAUGAUUUGGUUUGCUACGUAAAAGUUGAAAACGAGUGGGUAUCAUUUGAAUUGAAGCAGUAUAAGAAUAUGCAAACAAUGGAUGAUAUAAUAAGCAAAGUUCAAAAGGAUCGCGCAGGCAGAGAAAAUAUUUCGGCAAAACCAUCUCUAGUUGGUGGAAAGUCUGGAUUUUACCAGCUAGGCGUUUAUGCCACAUUAUAUCUGUUAGGUUUUCAGGUGCUAUUCGCUUAA